UUACAGGUAAAAACAAAUAUUUGUACUUACAUAAACUUCAGUGAGUCUAAACGUACAGCUGUGGUCGUGAUAUUCAUGCGAUCGUAUUAAGAACCUGUUCAUCAUCAUCUCGAUGGUGUGAGCUGCCAGCUAUACUGAUAAUUGACCGUGAAGGUCUCGUCAAUGGUGACAGGGACAUCAUACAGCUGUGAUACAGUAACGAUAAUGGACCAGAAAAUAGCUCUUCGGGAACUACAAGACGAACGGACAUUUAAAAAAGUGAUGAAGAAGCUGUUUCGCCAAUUAGACACAAACGGAAACGGAAGUCUUGGCGUAAAUGAAGUUAUGACAGCUGCGCGCAUGCUCAAAAUGAAGCCAACGCGAGAAGAAGCUAUGGCAAUGAUCAGAAAAGUUGACAAAGACAGAAAUGGAUGUAUUAGUUAUCGGGAGUUUGAGACGAUGAUGGAAGAGUACGUAGCUCUACUAGAUUUUCAAGACCGGGAACUCCGACAGGCCUUUUGUACCUUCGAUCGUGACGGAAACGGUUACCUGGACAAAGGGGAACUCAAGCAGGUUCUCAGGGGUAUGGGGGAGAAAAUGUCUGACCAGGAGGCCGAGGAGGUCUUCAGACUUGUCGACGUAAACAGUGACGGAAAAAUUUCUAUAGACGAAUUUGUGAAGGCACUGUCAGCCGAACCUCACACGUGAUACUGGACAUCACGUGAUCAACUGAAACUAAUAGCGAUGAUAUGUUCCAUAAAUAAACUGGUCUAUCUGGUGUUUGAGAUUUAUACCAAGAUGACGUGCUAUUCAUAUUUUGAUAAAUGAAUAGUACAUUUUCUAAUGGGCUAAAUUUGUUUUUUUACUUAUGUAAUUAACAUUUGAAAAUUUACUAUGGACCAAAUAUUGCGAUUUCAAAUAUUGUUUUUAUGAAUAACUUGAUUGUAUUGGUUCAGUGACUAUUUACUUUUAUAAAGACAUUCUUUACAUAAAUGUCGUGUCAGGUUUUAUUUUAUGCAAAUAUUCUUUGUAUACAUAAUCGUGUUUUAAACAGAUUAAAACUAUUUAUCUUCAAUGGAAUUACAAAUAUGUUAUUUCAUGAUGUUUUUUUUACUGUAUGUUACGACAAAUACCAGGACACUUUCAGUCAAUUUUAGAGGCAAUAAACUAUUCACUCACUAUCCAACCUGUAACGACGUUUACCUAGAAUAUUAUUAAGUUUACCCAAUUAUUUUAUGACGUUUACCCAAAUUAUUCUUACUUAUCUAAUUAGUUUGGUCUAGCAACGAAGUACAGAAAUAAGUUCAUUUUCAUGUAUCUUUGAUUAAGAUAAGGAGGAGUGGAUAGGAUUUUUAAAAGGCAAGUGAUGAUCUUAGUUUAACAUCAUGUUCAAUACUUUAAUGCCUGAUUAUGUCUCGUAUCCUUCUUAUAUUCAUAUUAACGAAAGACGAGAUAAGGAAAGGAAACCAAUGUCUAUAUACAGAGGUCUCCUAACUAGUAACUCAGAGUGAAGCAAUGUUGUUUAUGUUCCAUGUAACUAUAUAUAUAUGCUUAUCUACACUAGCGUUACAGUAGCUCCAUGAUCACAUUGAGUUUUGUAUGUAAGAAUUUUAAAUACCAAGAUACUUCGUAAACUUAAACAUACUCACCUCAUUACUAUUUGUGUGCCUUUUACAGGAGUAUAUCUAAUGGAAUACACUGUCAAAGUGAUAUCCAUAUCGUUGGUAUUUAAAUUACAGGUAUUCUGCGUUAUAUCAUAGCCCGCCUACACGUUUAAAUGUUAGCGUUUAUUGUAGACAUACCUCACAAGAGCAAUAAAUUCGUAUAUUUUAA